AUGCCAAAAACAAAACCAGGAUAUUAUGCUGUUCGUAAAGGUAGAAAACCAGGAAUCUAUUUAACUUGGAAAGAAUAUGAAUCGCAAGUUAAAGGAUUUUCUGAUGCUAAAUACCAAAGGUUUUCUCUUAAAACUGAUGCUGAAAAUUUUAUUAAUGAUAAAAAAGAAACUACUAAUAGUUUUUGUUUAGGUAAUGGAACUAAAGAAGCUAAAGCUGGGAUUGGUGUGUUUUAUGGAGAUAAAGAUCUGAGAAAUUUGUCUGAACGACUCUCUGGUGAACAACAAACAAACAACCGUGCUGAAAUUUAUGCUGUUAUUAGAGCGAUUGAAAGUUGUGAAAACAAAAAAAAAUCAUUAGAAAUUUUCACUGACAGUUUACAUGUAAUUAAUAUUAUCAGAGAAUGGAUUGAAAAAUGGGAAAAAAACGGUUAUAUGACGAGUAAUAACAAACCAGUGAGAAAUCAGGAUUUAAUUAGAAAAUUAAAAAAACUUAUUGACAGUAGAAUAGGAUCGGUUAAAUUAACUCAUGUGCAUGGUCAUCAAGGUAAUUACGGUAAUGAACAGGCAGAUAAGUUAUCUAAAAUAGGUUCUUUUAAGGAUGAGAUUAUUGAAAAAGAUGAGAAACUUGAAAAUGAGAUUUCAAUUAGAAGUGAUUUGUGA